AUGAAGAGGAGAGAAGCCUCAGCAGACCUGGAUAUCACCGAAAAGGAGAAGGAAUACAGGGCUAAAGUGGAGAUCAGGCACCUGCAGACUCAUUUCCAUCAUGAAGCCUACAAGAGGAAAUUCUUCGACGCCGAAAUCUGGCGGCAGAUGCAGGCUCAGGAAAGAGAAAUAGCUGAUCUGAGGCAAGAGCACGGACAUGUGACAGCAACGCUGAAGCAGCUCUAUUCACCGAGCAGCAUGGUGUUUGUGAACAGGAAUCGCAUGAAGGUCCGAAACCUCAUGCAGACCAGCAUGCAGAAUGAUGCCCUGAUCAAAGAGAGAAAAGCCCAGCUAGCUGACCUGGCCAAGCAGGUUUUAGAGCUGGAAAAAAAGAUAGCGAAUCAAAGAGAAUCAAACUGGAAGGAGUUGGGAGCAAGGACCCGCAAACAGCUGCAUAAGACGAUUGAGUUACUGGAGAUGCGUCUGCGUCAUGUCACUGUGUGUUACAACGCCGUCGUGGCCAGGAACAACAAGCUCAGAGAGGAGACUCUGAGCCUGCAGAUCCAGAAAGCCAGUUUUGACAACCUCUACUGGAAGCUGGAGAGAAGCCUGGUCCUGCAGAACAAGCUGCUGAACGCUGCUAUCGAGCAAGCCACAGAGGACUACGACCAGUGGAUGGAGGAUCUGGGGCGGAUCUCGGACAUCCGGGACGUGCGCUACAGGGAGACCAUCCAAUACAACAUCAGACUGCUGGAGAGGAAGUGUGCCCUGCACCAGGAGAGCAGGCUGAAGAACUUCUUCCUCAGCAAAUGUGCAGAUCUCUCUGUAUUGAAGGAACAGGCCAAAGCGAGAGAAGCCUUUGAGGCAGCUGAGAGGGCCAAAGCGAGCCAAAAGGAGAGCUAUGAGGUGGCCUACAAGCGUCUGCUGGAGCUGUCGGACGGAGACAUCGAUGAUUUCUUGGAGGACUUCCUUGAGAAGGACAGGAAAUUCUUCAUCCUCUUUAACUUUGCCAUUAGGCUGAACGUCAAGAAUGAGAGUCUCAGGCAGAGGAUCGAGGCCGUCCAGUGUCCUUCCUUCACCGCUGCCCGCAUCCAGCCACACGGGGAGGAUGAGGGGGAUGCAAAGGAGCGGCCAAAGCUGAGCUCCGCUGUGUUCUGGGAGCUGAACGUGUCUCAAUGCUGCCACCGUGAUGAUAUGGAGGCCAUGACAACGGAGAGGGAACAGGCAGAGACAACCCAGACUCAGGUCCUGCAGGAGCUGAAGGCAAAAAUAGCAGAGACCACCAAGGAAGCCAACAAGUAUGAGAACAAAUACAAGGAGAGCAGCCAACUCCUGGGACAGAUCCAAUCUCGCAUUGAGACCCUCUUGAAGGAAAUGGACUGUGACACUACAAAGAUAGUGAAGCCUCUUGGGGACAGCUUGGUGCCAGUUUUUGGCCCCGUGGAGAACAAGGUCAAGGAGUUCCUGAUGAGGGAGUCCCUGCUGCGCUACACCUCCCUGGACCGCUCCCAGCGCGCCCAGGGCUUCGUCAGCCCCCUCCGGGAAGCCUCCAGCCACCUCUGGACCAUGGACAGGGCCAAGCUCUGCCCACAACCCCCAGACCUGGAGGAGAGCGCUGACCCCAGAACCGCGGAAGAGCCGCUGGGCCGGGAAGAGCUGCGGGAGCUCGUCAUCCAGAGGCAGCAGGAGGAGGUGAGCAGGCCCCCCAGCGCGGGCAAGAAGAAGAGGAAGUUCACAUCACCCGGUGCAUCAGGGAGCCCAUCACGGUCCAAGACCCCAGCAGGGAAUUAA